AUGCAUUUCUCGAGCAUUGUCGCAUCUCUGGCGUUGGCCGGUUCGGUCUUGGCCGCUCCGAGCACCUCGAAGCCCAAGGAAACCAGUCUCUACAAGGCCUUCCGUGACCGUGGACGCAACUUCAUCGGCACAGCGUUGACAAUCCGCGAUGAGCCCGCCGAGCCCAAGAUCAUCGACCAGGACUUCAACUCAGUCACGCCGGAAAACGCCAUGAAAUGGGAGUCGACCGAGCCAUCUCGUAACAACUUCACCUUCGCCGGCGGCGACCAAGUCGUCGCUUUUGCCAAGAAAUACGACCAGCAAAUCCACUGCCACACGCUCGUCUGGCACAGCCAGCUCCCGACCUGGGUUUCGGGCGGCGGUUUCGACAAUAAAACGCUAAUCUCCAUCAUGGAGAACCACAUCAAGACCGUUGCCGGCCGGUGGAAGGAGUCCUGCACCCGCUGGGACGUAGUCAACGAAGCGCUGAACGAAGAUGGCACGUACCGCAAGAGCGUCUUCCUUGACACCAUCGGCGAAGCCUACAUCCCCAUUGCCUUUCGGCUAGCAGCCAAGUACGCAAAGGGCUCCAAGCUCUUCUACAACGACUAUAACCUGGAGUACAACGGAGCCAAGACCGCAGGCGCAGCCCGCAUCGUGCGCCUCGUGCAGUCCUACGGCGUGAAGAUUGACGGCGUCGGCUACCAAGCUCACCUCGCAAGCGAAGCCACACCGACCGCGCCCGGUGCGGUGCCGGACCAGGGCACGCUCGAAGCCGCGCUGAAAGCCACGUCCUCACUCGGAGUCGACGUCGCGUACACCGAGAUCGACGUGCGCAUGAACACGCCCGCGACCUCUGAGAAGCUCAAAGUCCAGGCCCAGGCGUACGAGCGCAUCGCACGCUCCUGUAUCGCCGUGAAGCGUUGUGUCGGUAUGACGAUUUGGGGAAUCUCGGACAAGUACUCGUGGAUCCCGGGCGUUUUCAAGACUGAGGGCGCCGCGCUCGUGUGGGAUGAACAGUACAACAAGAAGCCAGCGUACGAGGGUUUCCUGAAAGGUAUCAGGGAGGGGAGGAAGGGGUGA